CAGACAGAAUGGCUCCAGUGAACCAGCCAAAGGAGCAUGAGAGGGCACAUGAGCAUUGGCCAGAAGAGGCAAAAUCAACUGGGAAGAGAAAACCGGACUACGAGGAGCUAGGGAAUGAGCCGCAAGCCAAGAGGUUGUUUGUGAGAAAAACAUCCAAACCCCCAGAGAAAAUCGGUUGGAAUGGAGGUGGCUCCGUGGUGAGAAACAACAGAGCCCUUUUCCAUCAGCCGUGCAGCAUUGUUCAUUACGUCUACCAGAACAUGCUGGGAGGCUCCAUUCGGGCGCAGCUCAGGCAGUGUCUGCAGCUGCCCUUUCUGCGUUCCCUUGCCUCAUACCGCCUCUUUCGAACAGCAAGUCCCUUUGACAGGAGAGUGACAUGCCUGGAAUGGCACCCAACACACCCCAGUACUGUAGCUGUUGGUUCCAAAGGUGGAGACAUCAUCCUUUGGGACUAUGAAGUACUUACUAAAACCUGCUUCAUAAAAGGGAAAGGGCCAGGAGAUUCUCUCGGAGACAUCAAGUUCAGUCCUAAUGAGGCAGUGAAGCUUUAUGUGGCAUCAGGGGAUGGCACCCUAAGUCUGCAGGACCUUGAGGGCAGAGCGGUGCAGGUGAUCUCCCGUGCCCCGGACUGUGGCCAUGAGUACCAUAAUGUUUGUUGCUGGUACUGCAGCGUUGACGUUUCUGCAAGCUGCCGUGCAGUGGUGACAGGUGAUAAUGUGGGCAACGUGGUCCUGCUCAGCACUUCUGGUGAAGAGAUUUGGAAGCUGAAAUUGCACAGGAAGAAAGUGACUCAUGUGGAGUUUAACUCCCGAUGUGAGUGGUUGUUGGCCACAGCAUCUGUGGAUCAGACAGUCAAAAUCUGGGACCUCAGAAACAUCAAAACCAAAAUGAGUUUUCUUCAUCUGCUUCCUCAUGACAAACCUGUCAAUGCAGCUUACUUCAGCCCAACAGACGGUGCCAAGCUCCUGAGCACAGACCAGCGCAGUGAAAUCAGGGUUUACUCAUCUUCAGACUGGUCCAAGCCCCAGCAUCUGAUCCCACAUCCCCAUCGGCAGUUUCAGCACCUCACACCUAUUAAGGCAACAUGGCAUCCUCGCUAUGACCUCAUUGUAGCAGGUCGCUACCCAGACCCUAAGUUCCCGGGGUACACGGUGAAUGAGCUACGAACUGUUGAUGUAUUCGAUGGAAACACCGGGGAGAUGGUUUGUCAGCUCCAUGAUCCAAAUGCUUCUGGUAUCAUCUCGCUCAAUAAAUUUAACCCGAUGGGAGAUACGCUGGCUUCUGGCAUGGGCUUUAAUAUUCUGAUCUGGAGCCGGGAGGAGAUGGUGGCCAAGAAGCAAGAACAUCUUUUGAAAGCCAUGACAGAACAGGGGAUUGGAAGCUGGAGUUUGUCCGGACGUGGAGGGCAGAGGCAGGCAAACCCGGGGACAAGCAAACUCAAAGCUAACUUACUGUCUUGGGAGCUGGAGGAAAUGAGAACAAAAAGCAACAAUUCUAAAUCACAGGGAAGGAAGCAAAAAGGGAAGGAUCUAGAGAACUGAUUUAGUAUUUUGAUCCUUUCUGGAUCACAGGGUACAAGUUCAGUGUUGGCAAUGGGCACUAUAAGCCGUGCAGGGCAUUAGACUUCAACUUGGUCCUUCCUCCCUGGAUCUGAUCUUGCUUCCCUGAUUCUCUUUGCUUC